UUCUAUCAGUAUACGACGGGUACAUGGCUAUAUAAUCGGACAGCGCGAACAUCUAAUAGGGGUUUCGUCGCCCGAUUAGAUAACGGCAAGGAACUCAUCGCGCGAUUGCCGUUUCCUGUAGCUGGGCCGGCGCAUCUCACCACUGCAAGCGAAGUGGCUACCAUGGAGUUCGCGAGAAUGUCUAUGAAGACGCCCACGCCUGUGACUCUUGACUAUUGCACGGACGCCUCCGAAACGGAAGUGGGAUCGGAAUUUAUCAUCAUGGAGAAGGUUCCUGGAGUGCAACUGUACUCGAGGUGGAAUGACGACCUUCCCAUUAACGACUUUGCGAGUGUCACGCGUGACCUUGUACAAUUCGAGAGGGCCUGGGCGGACGCUCGCCUGCCUUACAUUGGGAGCCUGUACUUUGCCAAAGACUUACCGAAGAACACUCCCUCUUUCAAUUUACCCGGCGAGUUUCCACGCCAUGUGCAAUGGGGUCGCUUUGUCAUUGGCCCCAGCGUCGCGCGGAAGUUCUGGAGAGGCGGUCGGGCGCAGCUCAAUGUCGACCGUGGUCCUUGGAAGGAUCUCCGUUCUCAAAUCAGCGCUACUAUUCAAUGCGAGAUUGAAUGGCUUCGACGUUGUGCCAAACCAUAUCCACGUCACAGUCCCCUAUAUCGUUCUGAGCGAGAAAAUUCGCCAGCAACGCACAUCGACGUCCUCCAGCGCUGUUUGCAAGUCUUGCCUUUCCUCCCGGAUCUACCCGAGUUCUCUACGUUUUGUGUCUGGCAUCCGGAUUUGCACGCGUCAAACAUCAUCGUCGACGAGACUGGGCCUUUGACUCCGAGGUUCUUCAUCGACUGGCAAACUGCCACAGUGGAGACCCUGGUCGAUAUUCCCAUGCCACCAUUCUUGUCGUUCGACCGCGGCAAAUAUAUCAAAGCCGUAUACGGGCCUGCAAUGCCACCUAGCCUUCCAGAUGGAUUCAGCCAGCUGCCUGAGCACGAACAACAAGUUGCGCUGACAGAGCAGCGACUCGCUGCGCGUUCACAG